AGUUCUUCAUCAGGUACCGUCAAGGCGAUCGAGCUUCAGAUCCAGUAAGUUGGUGUGGAACAGACAGUUUACCGCUCUCUUCGUUUACAGAAAUAAUCGGAUUUAGGCGAGUUCCACUUGUUUUGGAAUCACUUGCUGCUCUUCGUCAUGCUAGGAACACGCACUAAACAGGUGUUCUCGUAUGGAAGACGUGGGCACCGUAUCGUUAAUGUUUCGGACGACCACGACCAACGGAAACCUUAUGGUGCCGACGCCUUUAUCGAGGUCGAAAACAUAGCAUACCCUAAAUCUUUGUUGACAUCCAAAUCGUCCCCAGUUAAACUAGCGCACCCGCUUUCACCAUCACCUCCGCCAACGCCGGUACAGAAGCCUGUCAAGAGGAAGGCAGUCUCCAAGACGAAACGGUCACCAAAGACUACUAAGACCUCACCAGCACGGUCCGUAAGACAUCCUCUACGUGCAUUCUCUAGCAAUGUUCCGGGGUCGCCUGCUGCUAUACCUGCAGUGCGCAAGAAGAUGAAACCGAAGUCGGCUUUGGGCAAGGGUACGCCAUUGGCACCCUCUUCGCCUGUUGUGAAAGUGGACAUCAUCGUUCUUGAUAAUAACGGACGUCGACUCAGUCAGGAAAGGCGACUCUCUAGACCUAAUGUUCAAAUUAACUCGCCGGGCGCACCAUCUAUAAAACCCACGAAGACAAAGCCCACAUCGAAGAAUGUAUCUAAGCCAAGGCAGAAGCCUGCUGUUCCUCCAAAGGUUGUCAAGAGAAACAAAGAAGUGUCGAGACCACCUGUUGAGUCUCAUCGUAUCAUUAUCUACGACAGCGACGAGGAGAACCCUCUGGCCCCCUUCUCGCCUGUUGGCAGAAAACCACAUGUCCCCAUCAUUCUCUCAUCAGAUAGUGAGAAUGAAGCGGACAUGCCGAAUCACUCCAUAGAGUCUCCAUCCCCUCAGCUACCUAAGCCUCGAAAGCGGGUCCGCGCGAAGAAAGUUGUCCUCUCGUCCCCAGAAAGUGAUGUCUCACCUCAUCCGAAACCACAGCGAGUUACACCCUCUAUAUUUCCGACCAAGGAUAACACACUCUCAUCACCUUCGCAACAGUUGUUCAAGAAAAUCGCGCCCCUUCCCCGUCCCGCUUUCACUUCACCCGUUUUACCUAAUCAGCCACGAAACCGCACCCCAAUACGAGCUCGCCAAGAUCGCACUACCUUUCCUUCACCAUCUUCUCCUACACUGACAGAUGACGAUCUCGACCUCACAUUCGAUCUCGCCGAACUCGGACUAUCGCCUGGCACACGUCGACAAGUGGCUGCAAGUUUCAGGGAACUUGGAUCUGCCGUUCCUGCGUACCUCCAACCUCUCCUUGCAGAGUGCUCACAGACGACUCCUCAUGAAUUCUCAGCAUUCAUCGAGAUGUUCCCGCGAGACCGCAUUGUGCAUAUCUCUCAUGACUGCACCGAGUUCGACAGCAAUUCUGCUGGCCUGCCCAAUUUCCAGAAGAUCGGUGAAGCAUCAUAUUCAGAAGUGUUCGGCAUUGGUAACGUCGUACUGAAGAUCAUACCCCUCCGCGAUGAGGAUGCUAAGCGUUCUCCGGAUACCAGUGCUGACCUGGACGCUCCCGCACCGAGUGACGCGAAAGAUGUUCUCAAGGAGAUCGUUGUCACAAGGGCUAUGGGCGAGAUGUGCGGCGGCUUCGUCAAGCUCAUUCGGACGUAUGUCGUCCGGGGCAGAUAUCCAUCAUUAUUGCUUGAUCUUUGGGACGAGUAUAAUGAGCGAAAAGGCAGCGAGAGUGUCCGACCUGAUUCGUUCACUGCAUCUCAGACGUACGCCAUCAUCGUCCUUCCCAAUGGUGGACCUGACCUCGAAGCCUAUACAUUUGCCCCUGGCACGAAGAUGGGCUGGAGGCAGGCGUGCAGUAUUUUCUGGCAAAUCACUAGGGCGCUUGCAGAUGCAGAGGACCUGGUACAUUUCGAGCACCGAGAUUUGCACUGGGGUCAAAUUCUAGUGAAGAAUGUCACAACCACGACAUCACAUUCCACUAAGGGCAAACGGCUAACGAUGGACGACGAUGCUCAUGGCGUUAGAGCCACGGUCAUUGACCUAGGGCUAGCUAGAAUGGAUGAUGGCGACGGCGUCAACGUCCGUUGGACACCUUUCGACGAGGAGAUUUUUGAAGGCGAGGGAGACUAUCAAUUCGACGUUUAUCGGAUGAUGAAGGCGCACAAUGGCAACUCAUGGGAGACUUACAAGCCUUUGACGAAUGUUAUGUGGCUUCACUAUCUAACACUAAAACUUCUGAAGUCUAAACGCUUGCGUCCCCCGCCAGCUUCACGCAAAACCCAAGCUACUACGUCUUCCACUGUCUUCACUGAACAAGAAUGUUAUGCAUGCCUUUCAGAACUGGAAGCUACACUAGCAGAGGCCGUAGCGGGGUGCAAACCACAGCCUAUUCCAAAGAAAGGCCGUCGCAAGAUUCAAACUGCGGCCAAGGCCGCAUCUUCACCGUUGGUAGGACCACGGAGUGCUGCAGAGGUGCUGCAAAUGGCCAUGGAGAGAGGAUGGCUGAGCUAAUGCUCACCCUUGUCAUGUUCAGGCUAGAUGAUCAGAUUUUCUAUACCAGUAACUUAUUGUGUUGAGGAGUCCGUAUGUAUUGUGGGUAGUAUAGGCAUCACGUUGCACGGUACUACUUGUACAGCUGUGGCAUACAGAAUUCGUAUAUGCGAAGUACGGCUAGUCCUAGGUAACUGUUGUUGGGAUGGAAUGUUGUACAGACUGAUACACGUCUGGCUACAAAUGAAAAGAACAUGUUGCACAACAAUAUGAGUAAAGAGAAAGCAUGUGG